GAACGGCGUUGAGUGGUAUUUCAUGUUGCUUCAACAUGUUGUUGAAGUGUACAGUUAGGGAGCUAUCUCCUCUUGUCCUGAAGCCGAUAAAUGAAAAGGUGUUGACGCGUUGAAAGCGCAUCAACUCAUCGCUGAGUAGCAAGGCUGAGCUGUGAAGGAAAGCCACAAAAACAACAAAACCCUGAUAACUCUUUCAAUCACGAGCUAACAUGCAUUGGAAAAUAUAGAUUACCAUUUUCAAAUCACAAAACCGAACCGGCAUUUAUGGUCCCGCUUACAUGCGACAAUUGUGACGAGAUUCCCGACAAUAUUGUUCUCAGUAAUACUGGAGAACUAAUAAUGAUUAAAUUGAUCUAUGAGAAUGUUAAAAAACUCCCAAAAAUAGGUCGUGGACCCAUGUUUAACAAGGGCGAUUAUCGUUUUCAUUACAUGUAUUUCAACUUUUUACCUGAAAUUCCAGAGGAAUGGUCAUUGAAUAAUAUCAGCUUUCCGGCAGAACUACAUUUGGUGUUCUAUAACGAAAGGAGGGAGAACUACGAAAACGCCUUGGAAAGGGAUGAAGGAAUUGUCAUAGUGUCGAUGGGAUUUCAGGUACAGGAAGUAAAUGCAAGUACAUUUUUACCCCUCAUCAUCAAUGAAUUAUCGAAUAUAAGAUCUGUUGGAAAAAACACCACACUGCCGGUGGUUGCCGCAAAAUUACCCUUUUCUAGUUUUUUGCCACACUCGUUGGAGCACUAUCACACCUAUGAGGGAACAAUGCUCUCGCCAAGAGCACCAUCACAUACCACGUGUAAAUCAAGGGUUAUAUGGAUUGAUUUUGAUGAGACUCACAAAAUACCGGCAGAUUAUAUUCAUGAAUUCUUUAUGUUGAAAACAUUUGUGGGAUUUUCACAUUUAAGCUAUGAUCACGACUAUGGAAUGCCUCGAACUCAAAUAAGAUUUGAUAAAAGAAAUAUGGAUCCAGAGGUGAGGGAAAACACCAAGCAACUUCUAGAAAAUGGCCAGGAUAAAAUGAAGCACUUUAUGUCGCCAUGGACCUUGUGGCGAUUCGUUAUGCUUGUCUUGAUCUUGUAAAUCAAAAAUCUAAGAAAAAUGAAAAUAAACUGAAGUUUGGACACAUA